AUGCCACCACAGAAGAAACAAAAGGUUCAACCUAAAGGUGAGAAGACCUCACUAGAAUAUUUGAAAGAAACCGGUACUAAAGUGGUUGCUGAUACUGGUGACUUUGAGCAAAUUGCAAAAUAUGAGCCUAUGGAUUCGACCACAAAUCCGACUCUAAUCUUAGCUGCAUCCAAAAAGGAAGAAUAUGCAAAAUUGAUGGAUAAUGCAAUCGAAUAUGGGAAAAGUCAUGGUGAUACUCUUGAAGAAAAGGCUGAAAAUGCAAUUGAUAAACUAUUGGUUGAAUUUGGGACUGAGAUUUUGAAAAUUGUGCCUGGUAAAGUGUCUACUGAAGUAGAUGCAAGGUUAUCCUUUGAUAAAGAGGCAAUGGUUUCUAAAGCUAUUGAUCUUAUGAAACUUUACGAUGAGGCUGGGAUCUCUAAGGAAAGAGUUUACAUUAAACUUUCCUCCACUUGGGAAGGUAUCCAAGCAGCUAAAGAGCUUGAGGAGAAGCAUGGAAUCCAUACUAAUUUAACGUUGUUGUUUUCAUUCGUCCAAGCCGUCGCUUGCGCUGAAGCCAAUGUAAGUUUGGUAUCUCCGUUUGUUGGAAGAAUUACAGACUACUAUAAGAGCAAGACUGGUAAAGAUUAUCCUCCAGAAGAUGAUCCAGGUCUUAAAUCAGUGGAAAGAAUAUAUUAUUAUUACAAGAAACAUAGUUAUGAUACAGUCAUCAUGGCUGCAUCCAUGAGGAAUAUCGGUCAAGUCAAACAAUUGGCUGGUAUUGACAAUUUGACAUUAUCCUUAAGUGUAUUAGAUUCUUUGUUGAAUAGCCACGAAUCGAUUGAAAAGAGACUAGUCCCAGAGGAUGCUAAGGAGAAGGGAGAUGAAAAAGAAACAUUCAUUAAUGAUGAAUCUAAAUUCAGGUAUCAGUUGAAUGACGAUGCAAUGGCAACGGACAAACUAGCAGAUGGUAUAAGAAAAUUUGCAGCGGAUGCGAUUACAUUAACUGAUCUAGUGAAGGAGAGGCUAUCAAGUUGA